AUGAAGUUCAGCAACGAGCUGGAGAAGUGCGACAAGGCCAAGGCCGCCAGCUCCUCCGCCGACUUCCUCGGUGCCGUCUCCAAGUACGGCAAGCUCGACUCCACCCAGGGUGUCGGCAAGUACGUCGACCAAGCCGAGGGCUACCUCCGCCAGUACGGCGCCCCCGCUGAAGACAAACCCGCGGCCGAGACUGAAAUUCCUUCGGGCGGCGACGUGAAGAAGCCGGAGGAGAGCGGCGAGGUUGGGGACUAUGCGAAGAAGGCGGAGGAGCUGCUCGGCGGAACCGGUGAGAAGAGCGGGGCGGAGGGUUUGUUGAAGGCUGCCGGCUAG